UACACACUUCCCUUUCCAUCCAUCCAUCAAAAGGUUACAAAAGGAAAAAAAAUCAAAGCACUUAAUUUUGAAUUUUUCAUAGACGGGUCCCACUCCAACCCAUGUUAUUCAAAAGUUGUAGCCGUUGGAAAAUUAUAUACUCAAAUCAAAUUAUAGCAUAAUUCAAGUGGAGCUUCUCAACAAGCAAAACAUAGAAAGCCAAAAACUCAAAUUAAACUUCGAUUUGAUUUUUUCUCCACAGUAGCUUGCAGAAGAUUUGGGGGGAUUAUAGAUAUCAUGUCGUUAACGCCGGAUUUAAAUCGGAAAGUUGGAGUGGGAGUAGCACCAUCUCCGUUGCCGUUUUUUACACCGAGACCGGAACGGCGACGGGGACCGGAUCCUAGAGGAAUUGAUUAUAGCUCCAAUCGGAUGGAUAAAGAUAAAGAGGUCAAUGUUCAAGUUCUGGUUAGAUGCAGGCCAUUGAAUGAUGACGAGCAACGGAUAAAUGUUCCAAAAGCCAUAACAUGUAACGAAAGCAAAAGAGAAAUUUCUGUUGUACAGAAUGUAGCUAACAAGCAAGUGGAUAAAGUUUUCACGUUUGACAAGGUUUUUGGCCCGAAAGCACAGCAAAGAUCAAUUUAUGAUCAAUCCAUUUCGCCCAUUGUGAAGGAAGUUCUUGAUGGAUUUAAUUGCACUGUAUUUGCAUACGGGCAGACUGGUACAGGCAAAACAUAUACAAUGGAGGGAGGGAUGAGGAAUAAGGCCGGUGAAUUACCAGCUGAAGCAGGUAUAAUUCCAAGGGCAGUUCGCCAAAUUUUUGACACACUUGAGGCGCAACAUGCAGACUAUAGCAUGAAAGUGACCUUUUGGGAACUAUACAAUGAGGAAAUCAUUGACUUGCUAACUUCAGAAGAGCCCUCAAAGCUUUCAGAAGAGAGACAAAGGAAGCCCAUAUCCCUCAUGGAGGAUGGAAAAGGUUUAGUUGUAGUGAGGGGCCUUGAGGAGGAAGCGGUGUACAGUGCAAAUGACAUUUAUAACCUCCUGGAACGAGGAGCGGCCAGGAGGCGCACCGCAGACACUCUAUUAAACAGGAGAAGCAGUCGCUCUCACUCUGUAUUUAGCAUAACUAUUCAUGUAAAAGAAACGACUGUCGGAGAUGAGGAGCUCAUUAAGUGUGGCAAGCUCAAUCUUGUUGAUUUAGCAGGAUCAGAAAAUAUUUCUCGAUCAGGUGCCCGAGAGGGUCGUGCAAGAGAAGCUGGGGAAAUCAACAAGAGUUUACUUACUCUUGGUCGUGUCAUAACAGCUUUGGUUGAGCACUCCAUUCAUGUACCUUACAGGGAUAGUAAACUCACAAGACUCUUGCGAGACUCGCUAGGAGGAAAAACAAAAACUUGUAUCAUUGCAACAAUUUCACCCUCUGCCCACUGUCUCGAAGAAACUUUAAGCACGCUAGAUUAUGCACACCGUGCUAAAAACAUCAAAAACAAACCGGAGGCUAACCAGAGAAUGUCCAAGGCAGUGCUGCUCAAAGAUCUAUAUUUGGAACUAGAAAGGGUGAAACAAGAUGUCCGAGCUGCAAGAGAAAAGAAUGGCGUUUAUGUUCCACAUGAAAGAUUUUUGCAGGAUGAAGCGGAAAAGAAGGCAAAGAAUGAGAAGAUAGAGCAGUUGGAGAUUGAUCUAAACAUUAGUGAAAAGCAAACUGACAAAUUCCGUGAGCUUUAUCUUAGCGAGCAAGAAGAAAAGUUGAACCUCAAAGCUGAACUCAAAGACCGUCAGGCGAAUCUGGAAAAUAGUAAAAAGGCAUUACACGAGCUUCAAGAGAAUUACAGGGUUGCUAUUUCAACACUGAAGGAAAAGGAAUUAAUUAUUUCUAGACAAAUACAUUCAGAAAAUUAUCUGAUCGAUUAUGCGAAGGACUUGCGGAAAAAUUUGCAGAAUGCAUCAGAAGAUAUAUCUUCACUUUUUGCAAGAAUAGAUUACAAAGACAAGCUGGAAGCAGAUAAUCAAAAUCUGCUGCGUACAUUUGGUUCAAGGCUUGAUGAUAGUCUAAGUGACCUGCACAAGGUCAUUCACGGGUUGAUAUCCCAGCAACAGCAGCAAUUAAGAGACAUGGAGGAGCAUGUCAGCGCAUUUCUUGCCAGCAAAUGUGAUGUCACUAAGGUCGUGGAAUCAAAGAUCAACAAAAUGCUACAAACAUACACUUCUGGCAUGGCAAGCUUGAAGGAGCUUGUUGGUGCGUUGCAGUUGGAUGCUUCUUCUGAUUUGGAGCAGAUCAAGUCUAAAAUAUCAUCUCAAGCUACCACAGUUGAGAAGUUCCUUACAACUGCAUCUUUGGAGGCGAAAGAUUUCGUUUGUGAUAUUAAGAAUUCUCUGGACGAACAAAGACAAGUACUAGAUUGGUCUGCUAAGCAACAAGAAGAGGGACUUCACCAAAGUCUUGUUUCAGCACAAUUAAUUUCUCAGGCGACUGUAAACUUCUUUGAUGAUCUCCAGCAACGUGCUUCCGAAGUGAUGAAACUCCUUGAUAAGAGCAACAUUAAUAAAGUUGACCAACUACAGAAGUUUGAGAAGGCAUUCAAGGAAGAGGCAUUUAGAGAAGAAAAUUUGGCUCUUGAGAAAAUUGCGGCAAUACUGUCAACUCUGACAACUAAGAAAACAGCUAUGGUGUUAGAAGCGUCAAGAAACUUACAGGAAUCUAGUGCGAAAGAAAAUAAGCAGCUGUUGCAAGAAAUAUCAGGUGUCCAGCAGGUAUCAGCUAGUGCAAAGCAAAAAUUGAAUGACUACAUUAAUGAGGUGAAACAAAAUUUCUUGGAAGACACGUUCAUCUACACAGAAAACAGAAUGACUUUGGAAAAUUGCCUGCAAGAGUGCACAAACAAGGUGGAUAACUUGAAUAAACAGUUGGGCGAAACUCAAUUAGGAUUCCAUCAAAUUCUUACAAGCAAUCUUGCAGAGAUAGAACAUAUUUCACGGGAAAGCUCCACCAGAAUUGGCUGUGCAUAUAACGAAUUUCUCUCUACUUCCUCAUCUGUGGAUGGGGAAGUUAAAGCCCAUAGUCGCGAUUUGCAGACUUCUUUCAAUGAUUCUUUGACGUUGGACAUGGAUCACAAGAAAAGAAUCGAGUCAAUGAGUAGCAUCUGCAUGAAUCAGCUGAGCUCUACGCAACAGAACCAUGGUGAAUGUGUAUCAGAUAUCCAAUGUACAGCAGAACAAUGCCUCCAAAAAGAUUACCUGGUUGACAUGUGCACCGAUAAGACACCUAUGAAGCGAGUGAUACAAAUUCCGAGCCUUUCACCCAUUGAAGAUAUGAGAACAGUGAUAUCUAAGGUUAGUUUAGAGAAUGAACCCAAGUGGAGUGGUGCUGAGGGCAAGAAUCUGCAACAACUACAACAAUGUAACGGAGUCUCCCCCAAUAGAACUCCAUUUGCAGAUGUCAAUUGAUUUGACAUUGUUAGAUUAGAAAAUUGAUAGCUCUGAGUCAUUUCUUAAUAUGUACUCACUCAUCUACUGAUGAGUGGUGAGUGGAGAUUUCCCCUACGACUAUAACUGCUCAAUAGCUUUUAAGGUCUUACGUUGUAAGUUGUGGUGCUGUUGUGGCAUGCUCUAAAUUAUGGAUCAAACUCUCUUCAUUUCCCAUUAAUUUGUCAACAAGAAUCAAAAGCUCUUCAAUUCUCUCUAAAUUAUAUGGAUCUUGUUCAAGAAUC